AUGAGACUGAGGCAACUCGUAGUUGGGGACAGAAAAGAAAGCCAAAAGAUGUACGUCUGUUCAAGCCAUUUUAAUCAACGCAGAAUUCGAGUGCGAAAUCUCAACGAACAAACAGAUAUUCCGGAGCUUGCAAGGAAAAUUGUCGACAACUGUAAGCUGAUUCACGAGACAAAAUUGCCGCAGGUUGAACACCUGCUUAAAUAUCUGCUAAACAGAAAGGACACGGGAGUACAGAAAAGACUCAAUAGUGAGAAGCUUGCGGAUCCGGGUGCAUUUGACUCUACAGAGAUAAACGAAGUGGCACAUCUGACCGACCUUGAUGAAUAUCUGGAGUUACUUUACGAAGAUAUUCCUGAUAAACUUCGGGCCUCGGCCUUGGUUCUUCAGCUUGCUCGCAAUCCAGACAACCUCGAAGAGCUUUUUCAGAAUGAAACACUGGUGGGCGCACUGGCACGCGUUCUUCGGGAGGAUUGGAAAAAGAGUACAGACUUGGCUACUAACAUCACAUAUAUCUUUUUCUGCUUCUCUUCGUUCUCCAAUUUUCAUGGAGUGAUCCUACAUUUUAAAAUUGGGGCAUUGACUAUGUCGAUUAUUGAACACGAACUAUGCAAAUAUGACUUGUGGAUGGAAGAACUCCGGUGCAAAAAACAAGUACUUCAGGAAGCGACUGACGAUGCGGACUCAUCCUGUCGAGCAAGCGCUCAAAGCUCGUAUGAGUCUACUCUGUCCAAGUUCAAUGUUUUAGUUAGAAAACAAGAACAGCUUUUUCGAGUUGCCUUCUACAUGCUGUUGAAUAUCAGUGAAGACCUGAGUGUUGAAGUAAAGAUGCACAACAAGGGAAUGGUUUCGAUGCUUUGCCGCUGUCUGGAUCGAGAAAAUUUCGAAUUACUCAUUUUGGUCGUAUCAUUCCUAAAGAAGCUCUCCAUAUUCAGUGAAAAUAAAGAUGACAUGCUGAAACACGGAAUAAUUGGACAUUCUCCGCGCCUGCUCUCCAGACCGGAAAAGGAUCUUGUCAAUGUUACCCUUCGUCUAUUGUUCAAUCUCAGUUUCGACAAAACAGCUCGAAUUGAAAUGGUUUCCAGUGGACUUGUGACGAGACUUGUUGAACUUCUAGCUGAUGAGGACAACCGCUCCGUUGUGUUCUAUUUGUUGUACCAUCUCAGCAUUGAGGAUGAAUCGAAACCGGCUUUCGCAAGGACAAACUGCUUGGCUACAUUGUUGGUCAGGUGGCUGUUGACCUGUUCGCCGAGCUUGACAACUGACUUGCAGGCAUCUCGUCACCAUACGAGUAGACAUCAUCAGUGCGCAAUUAUGAAGUUGGCUCUGGGAUCGGCAGAUCACUUGAGUGAGCCCGUUCCAAUGGCACUCGCGGUAAACUUAGCCUGCAAUGAACAGUGUGCGAAUCGCUUUGCAGAGGGAAAAGGAAUCCGUUUAUUGAUGAAGCGUGCACUCAAAAUGCGUGAUCCACUACUCAUGAAAUUUCUCAGGAAUAUUUCUGAACAUGGGGAUGAAUUAAAAAUGAAGUUCGUGGACCACCUUCCCGAGUUGGUGAAAGUGGUUGUGAAUGGAGAGCCAUGUAGAACUAAAAAAUCUGCGGGGUCGAAAAAAACUGAGGGUUCUGCAUCAUUGAGAGCCAUGAAAGAACGCACUUGCGACAGCCCGACAGACACGCAUCGUCAGUCUUCGCGGCCACACUCAUUCAGUUCCUGUGCGGGGACACCUACAGUUGGUCUAACGAACGCUGUUCCCACGACUUCAUUUGAUGAUGAGGAGGAGGACUUUGGAGAAGAAAAUGAAUUCGGUACAAAAGACGAAGAUUUUGUUCUUGAAUGUUUGGGCUGCCUAGCCAAUCUCAGUUUGAGGGAUUUGGACUUCAGUCGCAUCUUGACCGAAUUGGGUCUGCUGCAAUGGAUCAAACAAAGACUGAGUGUGAAGGAAUCCAGUGUUGCAGUUGGCAGCAUAUCUGGGAUUUCCCCGUACGACUGGGACACAGAUGACGAUGUACUUUUAGAAGUAAUAAAACUGACCGGGACGAUCUGCCAAGACCCAUCCGCAGCUGAAAAAUUGAGUCAUGCAGAAAUUGAGGACGAUGAAAUCGUGUGUCAGAUUAUCCAGGUGUUCUACUAUCUGGUGUUUCACAAGAGAACAAUUGAAAUGACCGUCAAAUCUACUCAGGUACCGGCCUACCUGAUCGACCUUAUGCAUGACAAAAAUGCGGAAAUUCGUCGUGUCUGUGACAUAGCAUUGGACAUCAUAGCCGAAUAUGACAAGAAUUGGGGGACUCGAAUACAAGCUGAACGCUUCCGGUGGCAUAAUAGUCAGUGGCUUGAUAUGAUUGACUCAGCCACCAACCAUACGAUCAUCGGAAACGAUCCGACCACAGAUGCCGUAAUGGCAGCAGCCUUGGCAGCCGGGCACGCGCGUGCUCAACACCGUCGCAGCAUCCCAUCCGGAUUGCGAGACAGUGAGGAUGAAGAUGAUAGUCAGACCGGAAUGGAUAUGGCCAUCGAUGAUGCCACUGCGUUUCUCAUGUCGCUUCAUGGAAGCUCUGGGUUCCGCAAAACGUCAGCUGAUCAUGAAGGAAAUUUCGGUAUUGGCGCCAACGACAUGACUUAUCUUAAUCAGCUGGAACUAUUGUAUCCAGACAUGUAUGGAGACCUCACUCAUCUCGCAACCGAAGCACUUAGUCCACCUUUGACGCGAUCCAGUCCUCUUGUCUCCGAUUUCGAUGAAAAUACUCCUACCGACGUUAAUAUACCGUCUCACGAACUUUAUGCGACGCAUGGUGGAGGGGGAGAUCUGACAUGUAACGGCAAUCAAAGUACUUGGUCCUUGAAUAACGUUCAAAAAUAAAAGGAAUCGUUAACACUGCCAACACUCAUC